GCAGCCACACCGCCGCCAAAUGACACCCACCCCGCAGCAGAUCAAGGACCAGCUGCUCCAGGCCAUAGACAAGGAUGCCAAUAUCCGUAACAUGGUGGCGGUGCUGGAGGUGAUCUCCAGCUUGGAGAAGUAUCCCAUUACCAAAGAGGCCCUUGAGGAAACGCGGCUGGGGAAGCUCAUCAACGAUGUACGGAAGAAAACCAAGAACGAGGAGCUUGCCAAGCGCGCCAAGAAACUGCUGCGGAGCUGGCAGAAGCUGCUUGAGCCCGUUGGCCAGAUCGAUUCCGUGUCCAGGGGGUUGCCCAACUCUCCGGGCUCGGCCAACGGCGGGGCUCACGCCUACAAGCACGACUUGUCGUCGCUGUCCGGCGGCCCUGCGGUGGGGGGCACCAAGCCCGUCCCCGACCUCAAGAACAAGAACGACGUGCUGCACAAUUCCUACUCCCCACUCGGCGACAAGCCGAGCAACCGGAAACGGAAAGGCGAGCAUCGGGAUGGGGUGAAGGGACCGGCAGCCAAGAUCCCAAAGGCCAACAAUGAGCAGUUACCCAACUCCACGCCCCCGCCCUCCAACGGGAUUCGCGGCAGUCCGGAAAGCUUCUCAUGUCCUGCGGAAGUGGCCUCCGUCAACACCCACGCAGUCCCGGCCAAGGGCAGGCCGGAGACCCAGGCACCAUAUGAAAACGACAAGCAGAAUAAAAUCCCAGUCAACGCUGUGAAACCUCACACCAGUUCUCCAGGGCUCGUCAGAAGCCCAAGCACUUCCUCAUUGUUAAAGACCACGGUCCCACAGCAGCAUGGGAAAACGGAUGAAUCCGGUGGCCGUUACCGCCCCAGUAUCCCCCGCUGUCAGUCGUUCAGUCCCAGGACUCUUAAACAGGAGCGAUUGGGGAAACCCUCGACAACAUAUGCACCCAAGACCUCUGUAUCAAGCCCUUCUCAGAGUUUUACAGGGACGUCCGCACAGGCAGCUCCGGAUUCAGACAGGACUGUCUCAAAUCUCUCUAGGGACACUGUACAGGUGCCGUCACCCCUGCCUGUGUUGCAGCCCGCGACAACGCCUCCUCCGCCUCCAGUAAAGAGACAUCACCGGCCAGGGACACCGCCAGCAACGGAGAGCCCCUCACACCGGCUGGGACACUCUUCCGAGACCCCGAGUGAAAGCCAACCGCAGCAGCACCAUCCAGCAUCAACACUACAGCCGGAGGCGUCGACGUAUCUCCCCCACAGCCCCGAGUUGGGCGGGUCGCACCGUGGGGGGGAUUCCCUGCCCCUCACCCACGAGACGGAGGCAGCGAAAGGCGAGCUGUCGUCGCCCGCUGAGAGUGCCUCGUACGGCUCCGACAGCAGAAAGUCCUCCUCCAAGAAAAAGUACAGAUCGCGAGAUUAUCAGGUGAAUUUAGACGGACAAGUUUUGGACGAAAGCGUAAAGCCCGUGCGAUUGAAAGAGCGCAGGAUUACUUUUGACCCUGUAACCGGGCAAAUCAAACCAUUAACCCACAAGGAUUCAUCUCAGGCUGAAAGCCCCGCUCCACCCCCUGAGCCUCACCGGACCCCUGAAGUAACAGUGCAGGAACAGAGGGUAAACUUACAAAGUACUUUUGAUCAAACAAACUGGAAGGAGCUGUCCAAAAAUGAAAUCAUCCAGUCCUACUUAACGCGGCAGAGCUGCCUCCUGUCGUCCUCGGGAGUACAGCCUCCAGGAGGACACAUCGUGGAGUUUCUUCAGCACGAGAGCCACAGGUAUAGCACUAACACAGAGCCCCGCGAGGUCCAUGUAUUAGUACCUACUGACACCCCUUCAGAACUACCUGGGGUCAGUCGAGAGGUCAAGAAUUCAGACAUUCACCGAAUACAUCAACAGCACUGGGCGGGUGUUAACGGUUGCGCUGACAGCCAGGGCAAAUGGUAUGAUUGGACGCAGUGUAUAUCGUUGGAUCCACAUGGUGAUCAGGGCAAACUGCACAUACUGCCGUACGUAUGUCUAGACUGAGUGCCGGCAUCCAUUUUGGCGUGCUUUUGAGGUUACUUACAGGUCAGAGCUGGCAGCCGACACGUGGCUCCCACUUAUUGGAAACGAGCAAAAGCCUCUGGGACACAGGUAAAGGUUUUGAAGGGUUCUGUUUCUCAGCCCAUCUGUGUAAGCCCCCACACCCCCCCCAUCCACCCCUCUCUUCUGCAGUUUGCUGCUAUCAGUGUUUUAACCAAAAUUGCGAAGGAGGGAAAAGGAACGCGGGCGAAGGCAGUAAAGGAAAAUGGAGGGGUGGUUGGUUCUGUAAAAACAACUUCUUUCUCACACACACACCCCUUUCGGAUUAGGGCAAGUCUUAACCAGUGGGUCGACUGGCCAAGGUGUGAAGCGGUUUGUCUGUAGGAGAGAAUAGAGGCAAAUGACAAGUUCCAGCACUUUACAUUAGGCUGGAGGCGGUCUUUGGGCAGGUACAGGAGCUUUAUGUGGCAUCUAAACAAAAAUGAAUAAUGUUACCUUAAGAAGUAUGCAUCUAUUUAUUUGAUUUGAUUUCUCUUUUUUUAAAUAAAAAAAUAUUCAUUUGGCAGUGAGAGAUGUCUGAGACAAAUGUGCAAAAACUGUAGAUUUCUAUAUUUUAUUUUACAUCACGCAUCCUCUCUUUUUCUUGUUUUUUUUGGGGGGGGCAGUUUUUUAAAAUACGAAACAUCAUGUUGGGCCGUGAGGUUUGCAUCGUACAACAUCAUACCAAACAUUCCAUAGGUCCUGUCCACAUGGCAGGAGUUAUUGUCUUGUUUAAUGGGGGGGAGGAGGGGAGCAAGCCUUGGGUCUUCACGAUCUAAGUUUAAAAAAAAAUCUAUUUUUAGAGAGUCUGAGAAAUUGGGUAACGUGUUUUUAUUCUUUUCCUCAUCGGCAACCCGAAAUCCAAGCAUCUGUUUUAAUUUUUUUCCCCCCUCGCUUCUUCACUCUCCUCUUCUACUUUGAUCUCCCGCAAAGCGUUCUCAGCUUUCCACAUCCCAAAAUGGAAAAUUAAACAAAAAACAGAGGGUGCUACUAGUUUGCAACUUUGUACUGUGAGAAGUUGAUUAAAACAUUUAAAAAAAAGAUUUAAAAAAAAAAGGAAUCUGUUUGUAUGCUGGAGAUAUACUUGUUACCAUUCCUUUAGAUAUUGUUUGCCUUAUGGAUAUCCAUCAUAACACAACUGCAAAAACAAGAAGCCUUAGUGAAUGUACAGAAUUAGUCUUCUGUGUUUUUCACAAUGCAGAAGGAAUGACUUUGCUAUUUGGUCCUUUUAAGUGGACACGUUGUGAUAUAAAUGUGGAAACAAUAAAAAAAAUUUGCACAAAAAAA